CAUCGCCCUCACCAACUGAUACCCAGACCCGCCGCCAACAUCGCCCUCACUCAGAAGAAAAAACCUCCGCCACCCGCCGCCAGCAUCGCCCUCACCCACCCAGCGGUUCACCCUCCGCCACCCGCCGCCAGCAUCGCCUUCACCCAGCAGCGCUUCACCCUCCGCCGUCGCCGCUAGCAUCACCCUCACCCAGACCCGUCGCCGCCGUCAACCAGACCCCUCGCCCAGACUCGCCUUCACCCAGCAGCGCUUCACCCUCCGCCGUCGCCGCCAGCAUCACCCUCACCCAGACCCGUCGCCACCGUCAACCAGACCCUCGCCUAGACUCGCCUCCACCACCAAGACUCGUCGCCGCCACCCAGAUCCGUCGCCGCCAGCAUCUUCGCCCAAGCCCAGAACCGACGCACUGUCGCCGAGGAGGAAGGAGAAGCCUCCAAAUCAUCGCCCGCCCCUAGCCCUCUGCUUCUGCUCAGACCCGCCGAAGGCAGGGCACCCGCGCGGAUCCGGCAGAGCCAGGAAGCCCACCUGCUCCGACCCUGGUCCGAUCCGGUCUCUGACCCGCCCGGACCCUGGCCCGAUCCGGUCUCUGACCCGCCCGGACCCUGGCCCGAUCCGAUCUCUGCCCCGCCCGGACCCUGGCCCGAUCCGGUCUCUGCCCCGCCCGGACCCUGGCCCGAUCCGGUCUCUGCCCUGCCCGGACUCUGGCAACAAUGAGCGAAAGAAGGGGCAAGGAAAAAUCGAGGGUUCUCGGACGCAACGCAUCAACACAUAUGAUGACAUGGUGGAGGAUGACGAUAGCAGUGAUGAUGAGUGUGAUGUGGAGGGUGAUGAUGAGUUGUCUUUUCAUGAGUUGUUUUUCGACGGUCAUCCCGGAGGUUCGAGUGAUCAUGUGUCUACUGGCUCGACCCAUGGCAGUACUCUUGUUGGGCCGCUACGCGGCAAGGAUGGGCGUUUUGCUUCGUCCUCUGAUGGGAGCAGGCCUUCACGGAAGAAACCGAGGGACGAGACGUGGCUGCUUACAAAAGAAGCUCCAGGAGGCCCUAGGGAUAUCAGUUUGAUCCCUAGUUUCGGUGGUCACAUAGCUCAUCGCUUGUGGACAUCGAGUUUGGAUUCUCGGAAGAUGUCUGUUUUCCAGUUCUACGCUCGACAGGGUGGAGUGGAUCGAUUGAGGACGUUUAGAUGUUGGAUAUUUGUUAAG